CGUCAGUCAGUCAUCUUGGUCGUCGUGAUCUUUCAGCAUGACGCCUCACACAGGUCUUGCCACUCUCCUUCUUCAACCCUCCGAAAAUCUAGGCCGCGCAGGCUGCAGGCUCCUGCCCUCAAAUUCUGACCCUGGAAACCGUAUUGAGAUCCUCUGACGAUUCCCCCCUCAACUAUGCUUCCAGAUAUCCCGCCUUGACGUCACGUUCCUGACCUGGCUCCGGUCGCCAUUUCGUCAUCAUCAUGGGUGUGAACGGCCUCUGGACUGUCAUCCAACCAUGCGCACGCCCGACAAACCUCGCUACACUGAAUCGUAAACGUCUCGCCGUAGAUGCCUCCAUCUGGAUCUACCAAUUUCUGAAGGCCGUACGAGAUAAAGAGGGCAAUGCGCUCCGCAAUUCCCAUGUUGUCGGCUUCUUCCGUCGCAUUUGCAAGCUCCUUUGGUUCGGCAUCCGCCCCGUCUUCGUAUUCGAUGGCGGUGCUCCGGCUUUAAAACGCCAGACCAUCACGAAUCGUAAGCGAAGAAGGGAAGGCCGCCGUGAUGAUGCUGUGCGAACGGCUGGCAAGUUGCUGGCUGUACAGAUGCACCGCAUCGCCGAGGAGGAGGAAGAGAAACGUCGCCGUCGCCUAGAACUCGAGGCCACCGAACGAGCUGUACCCCAAGAGCCGGUCGAGGAUAUCCCCGAUGUUGAAAACCUCGUCUACGUGGACGAACUAGGUAUGAGCCAGCAGGAGCGCCAGAAGACGCGAAAGUUCUACAAGCAAGAUGCGUAUCAUCUUCCGGAUCUGGAUGGUGGUAUCGAAGGUAUGGGCCGACCCGAAGAUCCCCGCAUCAUGAGCAUCGAGGAACUAGAGGAAUACGCCCGGCAGUUUCAUAGCGGUGAAGACAUCAAUCUUUAUGACUUCAGCAAGAUUGAUUUUGAGGGCGAGUUUUUUAAGAGCCUUCCACCUGCAGAUAGGUAUAACAUACUGAAUGCGGCAAGGCUGCGCAGCCGGCUGAGAAUGGGACUGAGCAAAGACCAGCUUGACGGCAUGUUCCCUGACCGUAUGGCUUUUUCGAGGUUUCAAAUUGAGAGGGUCCGGGAGAGGAAUCAUUUGACCCAAAGGUUGAUGCAAGAAGCCGGUAUGACAGGUACUGAUCUUACACUUGGUGUUAAUGGGCGCAUUGCUGGCGAAAAAGAUCGCGAGUAUAUCCUCGUAAAAAACGAAGGCGCUGAAGGUGGCUGGGCUCUUGGUGUUGUCAGUAGAGAAAAGGAUAGGGGAGAGAUACACAAGCCUAUCGACGUUGAUGCUCUCGAUUUUCAAUAUCAGGCCAAAGAUGAAGAUGCAGACGAUGACGAUGAUUUCGAAGAUGUACCAAUCGAAGGUUUGAAUCGGCUCCCGAAGUCACAUGGUAGUCUCAAGGCUCAAAAUGCUAUGAGCGGACCUACUUCGGUGGACAUCGAAGAUGACUCUCUUUUUGUUGAUGGUGAUAUUGAAAGAGAUAACACAACAGGGGUUGGAACAAGUGAUGAAACAUUGAUGCAAGAUGAGGAGGACGACUUAAACCGAGCAAUCGCUCUGUCACUCAGGAACCAGCAUGGAGUUGGGUCUCCUGCACAGGAACAAUUAGAGGAGGAGGGCGAGGAAUUUGAGGAUGUGCCUGCCCCUGAGUGGACUCAAAGAGCGGUUGAACAGCCGAAAGCAGUAACCACGACGAAUGGCAGCAUCAUCGCCCACAUUGUCAAUAACCGAGCAAAUGCGGCGAUACAUAAGCGACGCGAGAGCAAUGCCAGCAGCGACAGCGAGGUAGAUCUUCGGUCAGCUGUGUCCGCUGCGAGAAAAAAGAAGCCGAUAGUGGAUAAGCCCCAACCAAAUCCUAGCCCCGUCGUACGUAAUGUGAACUUCGACGGCCCCCUGCCGUUUGAAAAGCUCGACUGGAGAUCAAGCAUUUUUGGAAACAAGCAAGUGACCUCACAGCCUUCUGUAGACAGUGCCGAUAAGGACCUGGAUGUUGAUGAGAGCCUUGCUGGCGGCUUUCUGAAAGAUGUCGAAGAUGAUGACAAGCCUCGACCGCUGCCACCAUGGAUGAUGCAAGAUGACUCAGAUAUUCGAGACUCGAUGAAAGCUCAACAAGAGCAUGAAAGGGAAAACAACCAAGCAGACUUGGAGGCUGCAAUUGAGGAAGAAAGACAACGACAGAGAGACGCCAUUAUAGAGAUCGACUCUUCUGAUAGCGGUAAUGAGAGUGAUGUUGAGAUCAUCGAUGCUCUCCCUAUACUUCAGAAAACUCCUAUCAAUCUAAAUGGAACCGAAGAUUCAUCACAGCCAUCGAAUGCUACACCAUCAAAACUUGACUCUACGCCGAUAAAUUCAAUUGCAUUGCCCCCAGAGACUCACGCAAGACAAGGCGGCGAUAUCUUAGAAGAUGAAGGCGAAGAUGAAGAUUUGUCAGAUACUAUUGUGCCAAGCCCCCAAGUAGUGUCUGAAAUAUCCUCGCCGGAGCCAGAGUUUGAGACGGUUGAGAUAGCACAACCUCCAGAGGAACUCCACGUAAACCAAAGUAGCCCUGCGAUCGCCGAGGACCUAGCCGAGGGAAGAGAAACGGAUGAAAGGCAAGGACUUUCAAAUGAAGAGUCUUUAGAAGAUCUCAGCGGUUUAGUUUUUGGCCAAGAUGAUCUUGAUGACGAAUUCAGUGAUCCUGAGGAAGAGGAGUUGCUCACGCGAAUGGCCCAAGAGGCUGAAGAGCAUGCACGUUUCGCCAGCCAGCUGAAUAACAAAUCAGAAAAGGAAAACCAAGAGGCCUAUGAACGAGAGUUGAAAGCUCUUCGUACACAGCAGAAGAAAGAUCGUAGAGAUGCGGAUGAAGUCACACAAAUUAUGAUCACUGAAUGCCAGGCUCUUCUUAGAUAUUUUGGCAUCCCGUACAUUGCUGCGCCGAUGGAGGCUGAGGCACAAUGCGCGGAGCUUGUGAGACUGGGCCUGGUCGAUGGAAUUGUAACAGAUGAUUCUGAUAUUUUUCUCUUCGGAGGCACGCGCGUAUAUAAGAACAUGUUCAACAGUAACAAGUUUGUUGAGUGCUACCUUGGGAGCGACCUAGAGAGGGAGUUAUCGCUGUCUCGCGAACAGCUAAUUUCCAUUGCCCAAUUGCUGGGUUCUGACUACACGGAAGGGUUACCAGGCGUCGGUCCCGUCACCGCCGUGGAAAUUCUCUCCGAGUUUCCUGGUAGGGAUGGACUCCAAAAGUUUCGUGAUUGGUGGCGAGAUGUUCAAGCACACAAUCGCCCAAAAGAAGCCGACAAAGCGUCGAAUUUUAGAAAAAAAUUUCGGAAGUCUCAGGCUACUAAGCUAUUCCUUCCAACCGGGUUCCCUAGCUCGGCUGUUUUCGACGCUUACUUACAUCCUGAGGUUGACCACAGCACUGAGCCAUUUCAAUGGGGUUCUCCUGAUGUAGAAGGCCUUCGACAGUUUCUCAUGGCUACCAUCGGCUGGAGCCAAGAACGGACUGAUGAAGUUCUCGUGCCUGUCAUUCGCGACAUAAAUCGCCGUGAAGCGGAAGGCACACAAAGCAACAUAACACGAUAUUUUGAAGGAGGUGUCGGUGUUGGGGCUAAAGAAGCAUUUGCGCCGAAGCAGAGGGUGCAAAGUAGCAAGCGCAUGACACAAGCUGUGAAUAGGCUGCGUGCCCAUGCAGUCGCCAACGAGAUUGGGUCGGAGGGACCGGUUGACAACGAGAAUCCCAUCCCCAUAUCAGGAGGACGAAAACGCAAAACCAGGGGCGACGCGGCUGACGACGACGACGACGAUGGCCAGGGAAAUGAGCGCCAAAACUACGAGGCCAUUGACAGUCAAACCAGUAAUAGACGGAAGAGAGGUGGAAAGGCUAGGGAGACUAAAACGUCGAUGUAACAUACAAUGUAAUAAUAAUCCUUUUCAUCAAUGAGGCCAAUAUGCAUCUUUUACCUACUGAGUUCACCUUGGCGAGGAGUUUCUCCCGUAAGGACACUAAGUAACACGCUC